GCGUUGCAGGAACGAUGCCCCGCGUGACCAACUACGUCGACGACAUCGCGGGCGCCAAGCCAUGCUUGAAGCCGUACAUGUAUACGCACAAGCCACCCACGGCCGACGUGAGCGGCUCGCACAGCCGCCAAUUGCAUCCAUCGCAGUGGAACAAGGGCGCGAACCCGCAGUUCCAGCAGCUCCCGAUCGAGGGUUCAAGUCCGUCGCACACUGGCUUUACUACCAACCGCGUUGUGAACCCGCUCAACCCCAAGUAUCCACUGCCGUACUGUGAGCCUGCACCGAUCGUGCCACCGCGGUUCCUGCGCGACUCGUACCAAGUCGAUGAUAUCGAAGGCACGCGCAUGCGACCGCUGCAUGCGCGUCCGCCCCGCGAUACAAUGAACGUCAGCGAUGUCCCUGGCGCGACGGCGCAUUGGCACGAACUGCGCAAGAAAGAACGGGACAUUCUCGACUGCAGCGACAUCACCCACGCAGGCUUCAAGACAAAGCGCGUGACGGACAACCUCCGGCCCGAGUACGUCGUCAACGGGUUUCCGAUCACGGACGACCCGCUCUCGUACACCAAGAAACCGUACGAGCUCAAGAACCACCCGUUUUACCCGCUGCAGACAAAGGACAUCAAGGGUGCCAACCCCGAAGACAGUCAAAAAGGCAUUGUCGGGGGGAUUCCCACCGCUUUACGGCGGACAUUUGUCGCAACCAACAACGUUACCGACAUCUUUGGGGCCCAGGCCAACACGGUGCAUCACAGCAUCGUGUCCAACCGACGGGUGGACCCCAACUUUCCCGACUAUGUCGAUUUGGACGGCGACAAGCUUGAGACGGGGCUUCCGAUCCCAAAAAUGUUCAAUUUCCCGACAUUGCACCCCGGGUCGUUGAGCGCAAGCGGAACAACGUAUCGACGAUCAAACUCGGCAUGAAGCCACCCCGGGGCUCCACCGCGGGACCCAAGCUGCCGCACGCCCAUGUACGCUCCGAAGAGAAGCGAAUCGCAGCGCUUAACGCAGACAUUCAAAGCGUUCGAAGCUUGAAAUAGUCGACCGAGCACGACAUCAAUACACUACGUUUUUGCUUGCGA